UUACGUACUGGUACCGUAAAAAUGGCACAGACGACAAAGGUGUUUUACAAUUAAGAUGAGCCGAUACAAGGAAGUUUAUGACUGAUAAAACUUUCUACGUUCCUAAAGCUUUUAACUCCCAGCAAAAAUAUCUUAAAUCAAUUUUAAAGUAAUUUAUUUUGUUUCCUUUAUGGAAAAAGUGUUUUACUGUGUUUAGACUUUUCAAAACCAGUUUAAUAUCAGUCUAUUUGUUUUGCUUGGUGAGCUCUGGUGAAAAAAUGUUAAACCCACACAUAGAAAUGACUUACAGGAAGUGUACAGUAUGGACAGGUGCCUUUUUAUAUUUCGCAGAUAUUGAUGAAUGUGCAGUGGGCGUUCACGGUUGCCUCAAUGGAACAGCCACGUACAUAAACACUAUUGGUUCUUACAACUGUUCUUAUAACCAUGGUUACGUUAGGGACGGAAGUACAAGUUACAGUGUGCAGUCACCUGAAUAUCAAAAUCCUUCAAGUCUUAAAGAUGCCAAAAGGAAAGCAACUUACUCCGGAAGUAGUUCAGUAUGCGACAGUUCACUCGGUCCAAAUUGGUUUCGUUUUCAGGGAGCAGCCGGAAAUAAAAUGGCUGCCACAUGUGUCCCAACUCAUCAUUGUCGUAUCUUAACAUUUCCAUCGACUCUGUUCUUCGUGGGAGAACGUCUUGUUAACCACACCAUAGCAGACAUCAGUGUGAUUGACAGAGACACGUGUAAAUAUCGUUGUUACCUCGACCAUAACUGUGUCAGUGUUAACUUUUAUUUUGGGCAAAAUGGAGCAGAAGCACACAGCUGUGAACUGAAUAACUCCACGGAUAUUGAUGAAUGUGCAGUUGGUGUUCAUACUUGCCUUAGUGGAACAGCUACAUGUACAAACACUAUUGGUUCAUACAACUGUUCUUGUAACCAUGGUUACGAAGGAGAUGGAAGGACAAGUUGCUUUCAUCCUACCGUGAGCGAGGGUAUAGUCACAAGGCAGGUCUGUUUUAAUUGGUCAGGAGGAUGUUGUGAUUGGUCCAUCAACAUCCAAGUAAGGAAUUGCAACGGAUAUUUUGUGUAUUACAUCAGUGGUACGCCUCCAUCGCAUCCGUGUCACUUGCGAUAUUGUGGUGCUGACUAAAGCUUUCAUGAAAACAAUACUAAGGCCGGUUAGCUUUUAGACCGAGUAAAAUAGAGUAGCCACAUAUAUACUACUGAUUUCACACGCAAGGAUUUUGUUUCUUGUUUUGAAAUGAAAGUGAUGUUGGUAGUCAUAGUUCUUGAACUCGCACACGAAUAUUUUCCCGAAGAAAUUAACAUGUAAAUAUUCCUUCACGUCAUUCAACCAGGUAAUGGGUGGAGAUAUUAGUAUUCAGCAAUAAGUUUUUGAAGAAAAUGAUCAAAAUUUAAAUAGAAAUAACGAAUUGCGGUGUAGGGUUACAAACGCUUUUCUACGUUUAAAGUAUACUUAUGUCCGAUAUCAACCUCCACUCUUCUGAACUCGGUCGUUACAGAAUUUUUUUUGUAUUUUUUCGAGAGUAGUCGUGGUAGAAGGACAUGGGAGGCAUCAAUGAGGCCACAUUUAGUCUUAUACCACAAAUCAGCGUUAGGCUGUGAAUUCUUUUUGAAGUUGUGCCGAUAGCCUUUCUAAAUCAUUUGUAACUUGAUGUACGUCAGUGAAAUAAUGAGAAAUAAAAAUCAAAGUUAUUUUU